AUGAUAAAAAAUAAGGGAAAGAAGAAAAAAGAUGUGAGCAAGUCAAAGAACCCCCCAGGCGCCCUAAAGAAAAAGACACCACCCUCAAAAAAGGCGCCAACUGAAAAGAAAAAUGAUAAGCCUCCAACUAUCUUGCGAUGGAUAGAUUUGCUGAGAAAUUUAAAGCUGAAGCAACUGAAGAAAAAUAUAGACGACGAAAUUAGCAACCAUGAUAUCAACAAAAACAUCAAUGACAAAUUGCUGCUCUUUCUAAAUGACGAGUUGGAAGAGGAAGCCAUUUUCGACCAAAUCGAGGAAUUAAAAAAUGGGAAGAUGAGCAUGCUUGUGGAUAUUCACAAAGAAAACAUGAGUAAUUUACAAAGGCAAUUUGAACAGGAUAUAAAUAAGCUGUUUCUCCAUUUUGAGGAAGACCGGGAGAUUUUGAUGGGCAACCGGAAGAGCAUCAUCCACAACAUAAAUUUGUUUUACAGCCAGAUUGAACAAAGCCAGAAGACUAGGAAGACGGAGUUGGAAAAGGAAGAGUUCGAGAUGAUGGACGAAAUUUACAAAAACUACAUUGCGGAGAGAUACAUCUCUAAUUACAAAUUAGAAAAUUUUAAAGAAAAGAACGAAGCGAGAUUUAGCAGCCUCAUCAGCCAAAAUAAGAAGGCGCUCGAUGAGGCGACCAGUAGUUACAACUCUAUUAAGGAAAAGUACGAGCGGAGUAAGAGUAACUUGUCCACGAAAGAGCGGGAGGUUCAUGAGCUGGAACUCAAAAUUGACAGUUGGAAAUUAAAGCUGGAGAAUGAUAUCAAGAUAUACGAAAUGCAAAUCGAGCGACUGCGAAAUGAGAAGACCCAACUACUCAACCACAUCAGGGCAAUAAAGAUGAUCCUCCAAAAGUUGAAACAUAAUGACAAACAGCGACUUAUUGAUAUCACCGUGAGCUCAAGCAAAUGCAUAAGCGUCUUGGAAGAAAAUAUUUGUCUCGCAAAUAAGUUGAUAAAUACGAACAACUUGUGCAGGAGAUACGAAACCGAGAGAGAAAAAAUUGCGUCCAGUUCAGAUGUCACCCAUCGGGAAGGAGAUGUCGGGUCUGUUGAUAUGGAACAGGAGGAAUUAACGAUGGAUAUGCAAAAGAAAAACGAAGAUCAGGCUCAGCUUCUGGAGAAUUUCUUCAAGCGGAAAAAUAAAACAAUCUUGGACAUUAUAAUUUUAAAGAAAGAGUUACAUGCACUAAGGAAGAAGAACAAAGAAUAUACCAAAGUUAUUGACGACAUGGAAAAUAAAUUAAACUUUAACAAAAAGGUUAAGUUUAAGGAGAGCGACUUUAUCAUAAGGUCUGCAUUGUAG